AUGGAUAAUUUCAAGGCACUGCUUGUGAAAGUGAUUGAAAAUGUGGAAUUGGAUGAAGGCGAUGUACUAAAAUUCAGUCAAAUUAGACUUGAAGAUGAUGAAACAAACCGAUCUCGUUACUACAUCAAGUUCUACGGGUAUUUGACGUAUAAAAUUACACAAAAUGAGGCAGAUUUAGUCAACUUCUUCAAAAUGAUAGGAAAAGAGACUUGUUUUGAGGAGGAGAGUAGCGGAUUGAAAGAAAGAGGCAAGAGAAUUGAAAUAAAACGGGCUAUUUUGAAUUUCAGGGUGAUUGACUGGGAUGAUGACGAGAUGCUGAACCAGUUGGAGGAAUACUUCUACAAACGAGGAUUGUUUGACUACGAAGGAAUUCAGAGGGAGAAGAGUAUUCAAAAGAUAGGCAGAAAAGAGGAGAGGAAUGUGCCUGGGGAAGCAAGGCCAAUUCAGGUCACCCAAGUUGGUGGAAACCCGUUUAAAAUGAGAAAUGUUCAAACAAUGACACUCGAUGAGUAUGUUGAGUACGUGACUAGAACAAAUGCUGAAACAAUUCAGAAGGCUAAAAAUAGGGCACAGGUGAGACAAACAGAACGAGAUUUGUAUUUUAGGGAGGAAGAGAAGAAGGAUGAAAAGAGGGACGAGGCGGAUGAAGACUACAGGAGUUUCAGGGGGAAUCUCUACAAACAAGGCUGA